AUGAAGCUCAAUGCUGCCCUGGGCCUGUUGGCCCUUGUCGGCGGAGCAUCGUCUUCGCUGACCAUUACAACAAACACCAACAAGAACCCGCUGGUGUCGAACCAAAACACAACCGUGGUCCCCGACACGUUCAUCGUCGAGCUGCAGCCAGACUUCCACCCGGACCUCCAGCCCAAAGAGCGGUUUGCAAAGACAGCGCCAGGGGCCAGGCCCGGAUAUCGCGUUCGCCAGCAGUACAACAGCACCGACUUCUUCUACGGCGUGUCGGUGUCGUUCAACACUCACGUCGACCUCGGCACGCUGCGUCAAAGCACCGGCGUCAAGAAUGCCUGGAAGGUCGCCAUCGUGCCUCGGCCGGAGCCGUAUCACUUGCGGGGGGCCCCGAAAAUCAGCAAGGGGACAUCCUUGCCGAACCUCAGAGGCAGCGCCAAGGUCAACCAGCCGCUGGCCAUGAGCAACGUGCAGAAGCUUCACGACCAGGGCAUCAAGGGCAAAGGCGUGCAGCUGGCCAUCAUCGAUACCGGAGUAGACUAUCGCCAUCCAGCACUGGGCGGCGGCUUCGGACGAGGACACAAGAUUGCCCUGGGAUACGACUUUGUGGGCGACGACUAUGACGGCAGCAACACUCCUGUGCCGGAUCCAGACCCCCUGGCAACAUGCGUGGAUGGUGGACACGGCACUCACACUGCCGGCAUCGUGGGCAUGGAGGACCCUGAUAAUCUGGGCUUCGGCCUCGUCGGCGUCGCUCCCGAGGCAACCAUUGCCGCCUACCGCGUCUUUGGCUGCGAGGGAAGCACCAGCAACGAGCUCAUCAUCUCGGCCAUGCUCAGGGCUGCGCAUGACGGGGCGGAUGUUGUGUCGAUAUCGAUCGGCGGGUACGAUAUAUGGGAGGAGAUCAACCCGUUUGACCAAGUCAUCACUAGACUGGCCAACCACGGCGUGGCCGUUGUUGCUGCCAUCGGGAACUUUGGAACUGCCGGAGUGUUCUCGACCGCUGCGCCGGGCAUCUCCACCAACGCCUUGUCCGUGGGAUCGAUUGAGAACGAGGUCUAUCCGACAGUUUAUACGGCCCACGAUGACAAGCACAAGGCUAUCGACUAUGUCUCUGUGUUUCCCGCAACUGGCCUGGGCCGUGUCGAGGUCUACCGGCUGGGAACCGGCCUGGAUGUCCCAAUCGACGCCAACGUCUCCAGCGGAUGCUACGAGCCUGCUUGGGAUGCUCUGGCCGCGGCCUCUGUUGACUGGAACAGCACCAUCUUGUUGGUAUCGUGGGUGAGCUGGUGCGGCACGGCCUGGGCGACGGCCGUGGACUUGGGGGCUCAAGCAAUCCUGGUGUAUCAGGCCGAGGAGCUGCUCAUUGCCGUGGACGAGCCCGAGGAUCCAACGACUCUUCUGUACUUGGACUACGGCAACUCACAGAAACUCGUCGAUAACUUGUCUCAGCUGCCCGCUGGCCAGAAAUACUACCUCACGUUUGACGGCAAGAAGCCCAGCUCGGCUACAGACCCGCUGGGGAGGACGCCGGACGAAUUCUCCAGCUUUGGUCCGACGGUCGAAAUGUCACUGGCUCCAAAGGUCUCGGCGCCGGGAGGAACAAUCCUGGCUACAUGGCCUCUGGAAGCCGGCGGAUAUGCUGUGCUGUCAGGGACUUCGAUGGCCACCCCUUUUGCCGCAGCAAGUCUGGCAUUGCUCAAGUCUCAACAGCCGCAUCUAUCCGUUGCGCAACUGUUUGCACGGCUCAUGACCACUGCCGGCCCUGUCAACGAACCCAACUCCAAGCAGGUCGCUUCUACAGCUCGCCAGGGAGGAGGCCUCAUCAACGUCUAUGCGGCCGUCAGGGCGGAUACAGUCAUCAGUCCGUCUGAGCUCACCCUGCGCGACUCGGAAACGCCGGCGCCUCAGAAGAUCACCAUCACGAACCAGUCCAAGUCGAGGAAGAAGUACUCGCUCCAGCACAGCCCGGGGUCGUUCUAUCGCGUCUACUAUAAUUAUCUAACCGGCAACACAGACUACAAUGGCGGCAGUGAGGUCAUUGCCCUCGACGUCCCUGCGUCUGCCGACUUCUCGCAGUCAUCCCUGACUCUUGGCCCGGGCCAGUCCGCCACGGUCACGGUCCAGAUCAAGCCGCAGCACGAUGACUGGCCGUGGUCCUUGCCCGUGUAUGGCGGCUUCGUAAAGAUCAUCUCUGACGAUGCAGCUUAUUCGAUCCCUUACAUUGGCGUGCCUUACAACCGCACCGAGGUUGGCCCCAUCAUGCACAACGUGACGACGCAGCUGCCGUAUGACUCUCCAGGCAUCUUGAAGCUGCCGGCAAACGACCUCUUCCUGGCCGACGGCCAGAUCCCAACACCCAACAUUGACUCGUACAACUGGUCGACGGACCCGUCCAAGUCGCUCAUCCCCGUCUUCCGGGUGGAUGUGCUGCUGCCCUCGCGCUUCAUCCGCUUCGACCUGGUGCCCGCCAACGUCUCCUUUGUGCCCUCCAUCUACGGCUUCGACCCAGAUGUCCACGUCGACUACAAGCCCCCUUCGCAGGCCAUCCUACCCGGCUUCCUCGGCGUACCCACAUAUGGCCAGUUGUUCUCAAUCACCGUCGACGAUGCGCCUUCUGGUAGCCCCACGCUGUCGCAGCCCUUGAUCAACCACUUCUUUGCUCAGGCCCUUCUGUUCCCUACGCUGACAAACGAUGACAACGUGUCGUACAACAUCUCGUCUGGGGAUUACCGGCCGCUUCUCCGGGCGUUGCGAUGGAACGGCGAUGAGACUAACCCCGACGACUACGAAUCCUGGCUGGGACCAGUGAUUCGGGCGGACAUACCGAGCGACGAGUUUCCAACCGACACGUAA